AACCUCAAACCACACAAAAGAAGAUGGAGAGAGGGCAUUGCUGGAGUUGUUUUGUUUGCUUAUUUGUUUUAAUUCAUAGCUUAUUUACUCAGCCUAGUUUCAGAGCAGGUUAGUGGCAGUCCGGAGUUCAGCCUCAGGGCGAAGUUCUCUCCUGCUGCUAAAGUUCCCUAAAGACACAGCCUGGAAGCUCCUUACUGGUGGUCUUUAUUCCGGUCCUUCAGUGGUGGUGGCCAUGCAGUGACUUUGAACAACGCUAUGGAGCCUCAAAGACAGAGCUCGGAGCCGUCCCUGACAUUGUCUUUGGAAAGUUACCACAUAUCUGAAGAGUAUGGCUUUCUUCUUCCCAAUCCUCUGAAAGAACUUCCAGAUCAUUAUAAGCCUUGGAUGGAAAUUGCCAGCAAGCUCCCUCUCUUAAUUGAGAGUCACCAGCUCCGAGCUCACGUGUACAAGAUGCCGCUGCUGGACUGCGGGUCGCUCAAGGGCCACCGCGAGCUGCGCCUGGCCCACUUGGUGCUCGGCGCGAUCACCAUGGGAUUCGUCUGGCAGGAAGGAGAGACCCAGCCACAAAAGGUGCUGCCAAGAGCUCUUGCCAUUCCUUUCGUUGAGGUCUCCAGGAACCUGGGGCUUCCUCCUAUCCUGGUCCACUCAGACUUGGUCCUGACAAACUGGACCAAAAGGAAUCAGGACAGUUCCAGAGAAAGAGCCUUUUAAACUCCAGAAGUUCCUUCUGGGUCUGCUUCAAGUAUGUUGGCCUGAACCCCUUUCUCUUGCUGCUUGGACUUCACAUCUGGAUUUUUCAACCUGACCUCAAGCCCCUAAUAAUCACCCUCCACUAUCUCUCCUGGAAAACUGUGUAUUCAUCCUUCCCUCUGCCUCCAUUCAAGCCAGGGUAGCACCAGGAUGUUAAAAAGUAGUCAGUAUGGUUAUGCAUGAAUGAUUAUGUAGGAUUC